CGAAAAUCUGCUCCGGCCGAAUGGACUGGUGGAACAUAUGUUGAAGCAGGUGCUCACAAUGGACUGAGUGAGUCUAAUACUCUGUACUUGGAAAUGGCCUUGGGCUGGACUGGUCUACUUGUGGACCCCAAUCCAGAGUACUUCCAAAACCUCACCAGAUUGAGGAGAAGAACCAGAGUGUUGAAUGCCUGCAUCAGUCCUUCCAACAAAAAGAACUCUCUGGAAAUUGAAUGGAAGAACAUGAACAAGGAUAUCAGCUUGCAUGGAACCAACUUCCAAGCCACUUGUUACCCAUUGUUCAACAUUCUGGAUGCAGCAGGUUUACUGAAAUUGGAUGUUCUUUUUUUGGAUGUUGACGGUGUGGAAAUGAGCAUUUUGGAUGGAUUUCCCUGGCCAGUGUUUAGGAAUUGGUCAUCAAUCAGCGAUUUCAAUUCCUUUGAAAUCGGAUCUGAAAUUUGUUUCACGGAAUUUCGGGAUUCCGAAGCAUGCUGUAUGCAUGAUGACGGAGGGAUGUCGCUGGCGUCGAGACGCGACCUGAAAAGCGUGAGCAUGAUGACCGACUCGUCUGACUCGUCUCGUCGCACGUCGAUUCGCCGCCGGAUCGGGUCCAUCGAGAUCCUGGACAAACGCCCGCCCGUGGCGACGCAACAGUUUGACUCGCACCCUGGCCUCAAGCCGUCCUACGUCCACAUUGCCUGCGCCGUCUCGGGCUACUCUGACAUCACUAGGUACAACUCGAAAAUGAGGGACGAGUACAGGUCCAGGGACAGCAGUCCUGUGAAGAUCCCUUGGUUGCGAGGAGGAGGAGGAGGAGGAGGAUCCUCGGGAGCAGGAGGAGAGAAUGGCGAUCCUUUGGAACUCAGGUCACCGAAUCUCGUGGCUGCCACGUCGCCGGUGAAGGAGCUCAGGAGUCCUCUCAAGGUCCUAGAGAUCCAACAUCAGCAGGAGAAGUUGCUCAGAGGCGGCUACGCAGCCAGCACUUUUGGCCAGGGAAGAAGCGUGAGCGUCGACAGGGCCAAGUUCUUCUCGACGCCGGUGUCGAGUCCGACGACGUCACAGUUCCCGAAUGGACGGCAGCAACACGGACGAGCGACAGAAAACGAUUUUUUAGACACGGAGAAAGAGCGUCGAUCGAGACCGUCUCGCCGAGGGGAAAAGAAAUCUGGGGCCACCAACGGCAUGUCGUCUUCUUCGUCGACAGCGUCCAAUUGCGUCCCCGAAGACAGGGAAUACACCGACGCCAUCAAGUCUGGCAAGUCGUUCAUCCAGCAACGGAUCGAGCGUCUUUAUGGCCAGGCUCGACGGAAAUCGGAUGCGGAGGAUGACGUUGACGCGGCGACAGCGGUGAAGGCGGCUCCGUCGAGGCGUCCCCAGCAACAACCGACGGCGCCUGGGACGCCACCAGUCUUCCGACACCUGCGGCAGGAAUUCCGCGAACAACUGGCUGUGGUGAAGCCCAUGCCUAGAAAGCGAGCUGUCACGUCUGUCACGUUGACGCUGUCGCGUCCCGACGGCGACGAGGCCAAGAAUCCCUCCAAGAGUGUCGUCCAACCGACUUCUCUUGAGGAGAGUAAACCGAGCGAUUCUUCGUCUCCUGAGGAGACCAAGAACAAGAGCUUGUUGUCGCCGGAUCCGACGGCGUCCGAGAUGGACGACGACAUUUCGGCGUCCACCGACUCUUUCUCGUAUCCAAUGGUGAAGGAUGGCGCCUAUUAUGUCAAGGUGAUGGACGACGAAAGAGAAAGAUUGGCUGCUUUGAUUUCCAAGACGGAGGAGGACUUGGUUUCGGGGGUUGUCCCAGAAGAAACGUGCGGGAUGUUGCGAGCGACAUCUGGCAAAGCGCGGCUGCUGGUUGACCAAAAAUUUGCUCAAUUCAAGUCACUGUGCGACAAGAAUCUCAAAAACGAAGCUGCGGAAGGUGAAGAUAAAGUGACCAACGAGGACCUGGCGGGUUUCUGGGACCUGGUGAGCAUCCAAGUGGAGCAAAUCAACGAGAUGUUCAAGGACGUCGAUUCCCUGCGACGAAACAACUGGACGCCGCCUGCGGAGGCAGAGGCGCCGCCGCCGCCACAGUCCUCAUCACCCUCGUCCGCCACACCGUCUCCGUCAACGGCGUCCAAACCUCGUCGCGGAAAUUCCUCGUCGUCCGUUGCCAAGUCGGCGCGGAAAAAGAGCACGCCGUCACCGGCGGCGUCGGCGGCGGCCGAGGAGCGGCGCAAGAUGAUUGCCGAGGCCCGGCGGCGGAUGAAGGAGGAGAAGGAGGCGGCGGCGAUGAUGAUAAAGAAUAAGGAGGUGGACGAUGAGCAGCAGCUGCAACAACAACACCAACAAGAAGAGGUGGCCAUUUUUGACGGCCGGAUGUCGCCCGAGUCUGGGCUUUGACCAAGGAAAGAAUGAUUACUUUGUGUGUGGGGGCUCUGUGUCCUUUUUUUUUUCCCCCUCGCUCUGUGACUUUAAUCCUCUAUGUUUGUUGCGCACAACAACAACAUUGAGGGAGUGUCCAAAGGGUUGUUUUCUUUUUUUAUUGCCUUGUGCUCCCUGCUGAGCGUUGAUGAUGAUGAUGAUAAUGACCAAGAUUUUCCCUUUCUUCGUCUAUAGAGAGUGUGGUUUUUUCCUGGUUCCCCCGGUGUUGAUUUCCGGUUUGACUAGGUGUCGCUGCUUCGAUUCCAAAACUUGAAAAUCAUGCCGUUUUUAAUUACAAGGAGUAUUUCAAGAAAUUUCAGUGGAUCUCGCGUAAUUAUGUGGUUUUUUUCUAGACUUCACAUCAUUUGGAAUUCAAGUUGCAUUAAUGGUUUUUGAAAUGAUAUCAUAACCGACUGGACGCGGGUUGAAACUUACCGAGCGCUUGAAUUGAAUAAGCUGCUUAGUUUCUUGUCUCGUAUUUUAGGUUUCACUCCUUUUCAAGAGCAUUUACCGGAAUGUUGCUUUUAUUUGUUUAUUUAUUGCUGUGUAGGUGUCGCUCCUUUCCAAUUUUUCAGCUGUUCCAAGAAUCAAGCAUUUCUUGCUUUUCAGUUUGUUUUUAUUUUAAAUUGAAGAUAGCAUUUGAUUUCUCCAGAGCCGAGUGAGAUAAAGGUAGUUGUGAAGAUAAGACGGUGACACAGGUGGAAGAAAAACGUUUGCAUUUCAUUUUCCAACUGUAAAGGUGAUCGAUAUUUGAUGGAAUUAACUGCGGAUUUGAUUUCAUUUUGGCAUUGAUUGUUGCGACGCUUAGUCGGUCGAGGGAGGGGGGAAUCAUUUUUUCCUUCUUAUAUUGUUUUCGCCGUUAAUUAAUUUGCCGGUACCUUGCCUUUUGAGGUGCGCAGUGAUUGCCGGUAUUGAUUGAUUGAUCGUAGGAGAAAGAAAGAGAAACUCGCAGAAAAGAAAGAAAGAGAUGAGAUGAGCGUUUUCAACUUUUUCGACAAAGUCUGUGAUACUCGAGAUGUGAGCCGUUUGUUUGCCCCCGUUUUGUGUUUUUUUUUUGCGCGAAAAACGGAAGAAAUCUCAAGAAAAACGAUUUUUUUCUCUUUUUUGUUUUGUUUCCUGGGGGCGGCGUGUUAGCAUUCCAAAGUGUCCGCCGGUGGAAGGCAUAUCAGUUCAGCCCAAGUAUUGCGUCGUUUUUAUUUUCUGUCGGUUGUCCCCGCCCUUGUUCCACUUUGUUCUUUCUUUGUUUUUGAUACAAUUUAUCCAGGCAGGAAAUUUUGAUGACCAGGGAGGAAAUUUUGGGUGGGAGAGGGAUUUGUUGAAAUUUGACCCCUUCUCAGUGUUCCUUGAUGUAGAUAUCAGGCUUGCGCCGCGCGGGGGAAAUUUUAGGAAAAUAUGUGGAAGUUUGAAGCAACUUUUCUUGCUCUUCUCAGGAUGAAUAUUUUUUAAGAUCACUUUUUUUGAAUAACUGACCUGAUGAUCUUACACUGGAAGUAAUCCAGAAUUGGAAUUCGCUUGCUCAGGAAAGGUUAUUAAAAUAUUUCAGCAAUCUUUACAGAAUUCUGCUCCUGAGGUACUUUCUGAGAAAGAGAAAACCCGAAAGAGAACUAAUUCUUAAUUAUUUUUUCUGUUAAUUUAUUCGAAUUAUUAAUUCCAACGAUCUCUUGCUGAAUAUUGUGUAAGAUCACUUGUAUGAUUUGUUGAAAAAACUGCCAUGAUGAUUUGUCAAACUGGAAAUAAUAAUUCUGAAUUGAAGUUCACUUGUUCAGCAAAGGUUGGUGAAAUAUUUUAGCAAACUUUCCUGAAUCCUGCACUUGGGUUUUUUAUUGAGAGGGAAUUAGAAACUGGACUGCAUCUGCUUUGAGAUUUUUUUUCUCUACAUUUAUUAAAAAUAGUAAUUUAUGACUGAUAUCUCAUGCUCAACAUUGUGAAAGAUGGAAAUGACCGGCGUGAUUAUUUGUCAAACUGGAAAGAAUAAGCCAAAACUGAAAUGAACUUGUUCUAGAAAGGUUAAGGGAAAAUUUCAGCAUACUUUCCA